AUGGAAGGCGAAAGCGACAUAGAAAGGCUUCAACGCAUGCAGCAGUCAUAUCUCGGUGCCCAGGAGAAGCCGGUCUCGAGCGUGUACGUAAAGAAUCUGGAUGCUUCUGUCACCAACUCAGACAUUGCCGCACACUUCAGGUCCUGCGGAAACAUGUCUGGAAUAAAUGUUGUUAACCCAAAGAACUCCAAGAAGUAUGCAGUGAUCGACUUCACUUCCGAGAGAUCUGUUGAAAUGUCCUUGCUCUUCAACGGAUCCGUGCUCAAAGGAAAAAAGAUUGUUGUCCAGAAAAAAAGAGAAGCCGAUAAAAAAUAG